AUGCACCUCCAAUUCGAAGAAAACAUUCGAAAACAUGGUUUCAAAGUUUGGAAAGAUGUAGAAGCAGAUGGCAAUUGCUUUUUUCACUCUGUUGUGUAUAUUCUCAACGCUUUGCAAGUGAAUAAGAAUGGAUUGACGCACAAGAGCCUACGUAAACAUGCUUGUGAAGAACUGAGAAAAAAUAUCGGCCAGUAUCUGAAUUUCAUAGACCGAGAUCCAUAUGAAUACCUCGAGGUGGGCACUUACGUAUUCAGAUAUUACGAUAUUCAGGCCAUGGCCCAGGACGGCGAAUGGGCGGACCACGUGAUCAUCCAAGUCGUCGCGGAACUGCUCGGGUGGCCAAUUUUACUCAUCAACUCGGACAAAGAUAAUGAGCUCGUCUUUUUGAAACCGAAAGAACUCGACAGUAGCCAAGGGCGAACGAUCAAUCUCGGUCACCUCAACAAUGAGCACUACAUUGCGCUUACCAGAAACCUGUAA